AUGGGAGUAUCAGAUCAUCACGUUUCGUCUCUUUGUUGUGAAGUGAGAAUCUUGGAAGGUAAAAACAUAGAGCUGAAGUCCCACGGUAACCUUUUUAUCAGAUACUAUCUUCCUGCAGGAAACAACAAGAGGAUUCAACUGAACACCAAAAUCGGUCAAGUAUCUGAAGAAUCGGUCAAGUACCUGAAGCAACAGACUGUAGUUUUCGAGCUCCGGAGAAAGAAGAAACUGGGGAAAUAUGUGGUUUUGAGCAGAGCUGAAAUGCCAUUGGAAGUUGUAUUCGAAUCACCAAAUAUGGAGAUUGAUGAAUAUUGGCUUGCCAUGGUUUCGAUGAAUGAUGGGGCUCUUGAAACUGGCCUCAAGCCUCCUUCAAUACGUUUAUCAAUGAAAAUGGAGAAGAAUGAGAGAAAACGGAGGUUGAAGAACCAUUGGGAAGGGUGUGUGAUAGGUCCCAACCAGUACAAGCACAACAACCACAAGAAAGUAUUAUCUUUGGGUAAGAAUGAACCAUAA